AUGCUACCAGCACCCGUUCGUGCCGUCUCCUUUCCAAAUGAAAGCAGGUUGGCAUCGUCAUAUAAAUCCGCUUAUUUUGUUGACGCAUUUGCUGUGUCCCUUCCAGUAACCAAGUCUGGAGAAUACAGCCCAGAUGCCCUUGCGCGGGCUUUUCUUUGCGAGCCACCUGUCUGGUUUUCAGUCCUGAUGCGGAUUAGAGAUGGAGUUAUGUCAAUCUUUGGCGUGAAGCGCUCCACGGAGAUACUGGCAGCGGCCGAGGAAAAAGGCAUCGAUACUAUUACAGUAUUCCCUGUCAUCUCGCGCGCGGAGAACGAGAUUGUCUUGGGAGAGGCUGACAGUCAUCUCAACUUUCAGAUUUCAAUUCUGACACGAGAUCAGCAUUUUCCAACGGGCUAUAAGGACAAUAAUAGAGAAGGCAAGGAGAUGGUCGCAACAACGGUGGUUCAUUGUCAUGGGCUCCUUGGGAAGGCCUACAUCGUGGUCAUUAAAGCCUUUCAUGUCAUGAUCGUCAAGUACUGUUUAGCGAGGGUACCAGGAAGGAUUACAACAGAUAAUUAG